AUGGCCCCCCCAGCAACCAUGUCUUCAACAAAAGACCCUUGGGACUGGUCAAUCGACGAGCUUGUCGCGUUUCUCUGUCAUGACAAGCCCGGCGACUGGUCGUACAAUUUGGCUUGCCCAGAUCUCGUGGCUCUGGAAGGCUCGCUCCGAGAAAAUUCCAUCUCAGGCUUGAGUUUUCUCGCGAUCACAGAUGCUUAUGUGAAAGAGCUAGGCGUCAAACCUAUUGGGCAACGCCAGUAUGUUCUGAAAGCCAGUCAAUGGCUACAGCGACGAUCGCCGAAGUUCCAAUUGGAUCAACAGCCGUUUCCUUCCAAAGCACUUCUCGGUGAACAUCAACUUUCACCUGAACACCUCAAUCAUCCCAUCAACAACAACCUCAUUCCUGAAGAUCCCAUCACUGUCACUACUGCUAAAGAUACCAUCAAUAAUACCCCUCUUCUCCACGGCCCUUCAUCGACUCAGACGGGAGGAAAGGGACCUCGCCGGAUGGAGACCACUGUCAUUGAACGACCACCCGCAUCCUCUCUCCUGCAGACACGUUCACCUGAACCACCUAUCUCAAAUUCUGGCUUUGGGAGAGACGAUUUUUUCGAUUAUCUUACCACAGCCUACCCCCUGGAUGAUGCAGAUGUCCUCCCAGUCUAUGGAGAAUCCAGCGACGAGGGUGAAUAUGACACAGACACCCGCGAAGAAAUGGAAGAGGAUGAGGUUGAACCCCGCCCGGAUACUUCUGGGGAUCUGGGAAUGGCUGAAUACAAUGCGAUUAUUGAUGAAUAUAUCAAAGAAAAGGAUAAACAUUGCGUCGAAAAUCGGUUGCCAAAAGAGCAACCAAAAGCAUUUCAGAUUUGGAGGAGUGGUCAAAACCUCCCGAGUAUGGAAAAUAAAGCUUUGGCACGGCUCACCCACCUGGAGAAACGCUGUCAAGCCCUCCGCAAAGCACUUGUUGAGGCGCAACAUUCAUCCCGUUCAUCUCUGCACCAAGCAUGUGCAUGCCUCGACCCCACUAUAGUUGACAUUUGCUUGGCUCGAUGGAAGUUUUCCAUUCUCAAGCAAACCACAGCCCCGCCAAAAGUUGAUCGUCCACCACGCACCCCACGGGUAUCAAAGCCCAAUGUGAAUUCAGACGGCGAAGAGACUCUGAGUUCGGAUUCGGAUUCCGUGCAUAACACUGGAGACGAGAUUCAAGAUGAAUCACCAGAACAAUCAGAAGACGAUCUUGAUUUCGAAGGAGUUGAGAUUUUACAGCACCAAGAGGAGCCACGCUCUCACGCAACUUAUCGAGGACCGUUCUGUGAGUCCUCAGAUGAGGAUGUGAGCCAUCUCCUCGAUGAAGAAGAGAAAAAACUCCCAGCCGCUAAAAGGCGCCGCCUACAGAACAACAGCGCCCACCAAGACAAUCGAACGUCACCACUGAUGCCUAUGACAACUCCGCUGUUUGGUCGGGACGUGGUGCUGUCCUUAGACGAGUGUGAAACAGAGGGUCAGAUGGAGACAAUGGCCCGUCUAGUUAACCCGAUGCACCUCAACACACAUGAUGAACCUGUUGUCUCGGCGAGUGACAGCAGCGACACCGACGAGGCUGUGUGUAUUUUUGACGAUGUUUAUUCUUUGACGUGGGCAGCUAUUGAGGAGAGUGGAAACCGAUUUCACCUGGUAGCGAAAGCCCUCAUAGUUCUGCAAAACGAUCGAAUCAACCAACUUUGCAAGUUUCUCGGGUUUUACAUGUCCUCCUCGUAUCGAGAAUUCGCCCGAGAGGCGCUGAAACACAUGUCUGAAGAUUCAACAGUGAUCAAAGGAUGGGAUCCCGAGGAGAGCUUUGCUGCAAUGUUAAUGACCACCUUGUUCGUGUCGUGGGUCAAUGUCAUGCAAAUUCCUCAUGACGCCUUUGCAGUAAAAGAUGUCAAGGCUGCACUUGCCUCUGUCGGAGAUGACCUUGAUGAAGACCAAUUCGCGCCAUUCUUCAAAUGCUUGGGUAAUCUUCUCAGGGGAUACAGAAAAUGGUUGACCUCAUCAUCUCGUGUCCAACCCCAUGAGAAGAAACUCACUCAGCACCAGUCAUCCAGGCGCAAGAUGGCGGCCGUCUCGGUGACUCUCAAUCGGGCUCAAAAGGAUGGCCAGCAACGACAGGCAAAUCAAGAUGAGGCCAAACGGGCCCUCCGAUCCCGAGUUGACUAUGAGGAAAUACCUGCAAAGCCAGUUUCGUUCCGGGAUCCUGUCAUUCAGCUUGAUCCAUAUAUCGGCAGCUUGAUCCAGCCACAUCAGCUCCAUGGUGUUCAGUUCAUGUUCCGGGAAAUUGUCGAGAACAUACAACCAGAAGGGUGUUUGCUAGCCCACACGAUGGGGCUGGGCAAGACCAUGCAAGUGAUAUCACUUUUAGUCACCAUUUCCACUGCUGGGGCAUCGCAAGAUCCGGCCAUUCGAGCCCAAAUCCCAGAAGAAUUACGACGACUCAAAGCUCUAAUAAUAUGCCCAGCAUCACUUGUUCAAAAUUGGUGUACAGAGUUUGCAAUAUGGUCCCCUGACAACCACAAUAUGGGCAAGGUCCGCCCCAUUACAGCAAAAUCUUCGACCUCGAGCUCUGACCGAACUCAAGAGAUUCGUGCGUGGAACAAUGAAGGCGGUAUUCUGAUCGUCAGUUACGAAAACUUCCGCAAUCUCGCUGGGAACAAUGGGAGCCAUGAUGAAGAUCCUGAAAAACAAUUGAUCGAUGAAUUUGUGAAGAGUUGCUUGCUGGAAAGCCCGAAUCUCGUUGUGGCCGACGAAGCUCAGGUAUUACGAAACAAUACAACCAAGAUUGCUCAGACAGCCUGCCGUAUCCGCACCCGGAAACGGAUUGCUCUGUCAGGGACUCCUCUAUCCAAUGGUUUGAAAGACUACUAUUGGAUGAUUGAUUGGGUUGCCCCCCGAUACCUGGGAACCUUUGCUGAUUUCAACGAACAAUUCAUCACGCCAAUCGAAAAUGGCUCGCAUAUUGAAAGUACCUGGCUUGACCGAAGAGAUGCACUCCAGCGCCAGGAGCUGUUCUUCAGGAUCAUCGACCCAAAGGUACAGCGAGCGGACAUGUCCGUACUGGCAGACAAAUUGCCUCCCAAAUACGAGUUCUCCGUUUACUUCGAGCUGACAAGCUUCCAAAAAGCUGCGUAUAACCUCGUUGUUGAAGGUAUACGACUGGGUAAGACUGAGAACGUGAGCCCGAAGCUCAUGUCCUGCCUGUUCCCUAUCAAGCUCUGCUGCCAUCAUCCAGUCCUUCUUAAGCAAAACCUGGAAGACCGAGCCACCAAAGGUGCACACAACAAACAUAAAAGUCCCAGCGUUGAUGAUCAUGGUCUUGAUUCCAGUUUUGCUGCGGCCACCGAAGAAGUAACCCUUCCACGGUCGUCAUUGUCCGAACUGGAUGAUCUGUUCAGCACAGUUCCUGACUUGCUGGAUCCUAGCCUAUCUAGUCGAGUGACGAUCCUCAAUGAGAUAGUCAAGCAGGCAAUCAAAGUCGGUGAUAAGGUCCUGGUAUUUUCAUCCAGUGUUACAACAUUGGAAUACCUGGCGCAAUUGAUGGACAGAACGCAAAGGAAGUAUUAUCUACUUGAUGGCACAGUGGCCGCAGUUGAGCGUCCUGAGAUAAUUCGCAAAUUCAACAAUGAUCAGUCUAUCCACGUGUUUCUUGUUUCAACAAGAGCUGGUGGCAUUGGAUUGAAUAUCCACGCAGCGAAUCGAGUUGUCAUUUUCGAUUUCAUGUUCAACCCUACAUUCGAGGAGCAGGCAGUCGGACGUGCAUACCGAAUUGGACAAAAGAAAUCGGUAUUUGUAUAUCGAUUGAUUGCUGGCGGUACAUAUGAGGAGAAACUAUACGCCAAAAAUGUUUUCAAAAGUCAGCUUGCGUAUCGUAUAGUCGACAAAAAGAAUCUGAUCCGACAAGGGUCAAACUCAGACUCGACCUACCUCGCUUCCUACACUGAGAGUUCCCAACACGGUGGAAUUGAUGACACGGCCGUUGAAAAGGACCCAAAAGUAAUGGAAGGGCUGAGGUCUUCAGAGUGUGCGCACUCAAUUCUUUCCAUCAAGCUCUCAAGCCAAGAGAUAGAUCCGCAAGAUAGAUUGACCGUUAUAGAACGGCAAUCCGUCGAAGACCAGCUUCAUCUCAGGCGUUUACGGAUUGCGUCUGUGCCGAGCUAG